AUGCUCCCAGAGGAAAGCAGUGUGCUUGACAGACACAGCAACUGUCCUCGGGGACUCACCGGCAAAAAAGUAGUUUCUUCCAUGAGCUCCUUUCAAUGUCUGAAUGCUACAGUCAAUGUGCAGGGAGUCACUGAGCAGCCGCCUCAGCUGUGGGCAGCGCCGCGGUGCCUGCGCCCAAGGGGUGCUCAGGUAGCCAGGAAGGCUCUGCCGCACCUGUGCCGUUCACCUCGCUUCAGUCCGCACAGCGGCACUGUGUCACCUCGGGUGGUCACCAGAAGUAUAAACAGCACAGAGAAGUUUGUAUCAGCUUUACAACUUAUUACCAAGAACGUCAUGGACAUUCUCAGGAAUGUUACCAAAUUUAGGAAAAUCCCUGCGCUGUUGGAGGGUCCCACGGACGUUUCUCGCUUCAAAGGUGUUUGGACAAAACAGAGCCGGGGACUCCCUCUCUUUGUUCUCCUCCACCCACCUUCCAGGCACAAAUUUCGGGACCAUCCUCUCGCCUGUCUCCUUCCAGGACCGGACAACACCGUUGUUUUGUGGGUAGCUCCUUACUGCCGAGCAGCCCUGACCUCUCAGAUUCGUGAGAGUUAUUCCACCGAGGUGGAGGCCGCCGUCACCAGCUUGGUGAACCCGCACCUGCGGGCCUGCUACACCUGCCUCUCUCUGGGCUACUACUUCGACCGUGACGAUGUGGCUCUGGCGGGCGUGGGCCACUUCUUCCGCGAGCUGGCGGAGGAGAAACGCCAGGGCGCCGAGCAUCUGCUGAAGAUGCAAAACUAGCGCGGCGGCCGCGCUCUCUUCCGAGACGUGCAGAAACCUUCCGAAAAUGAGUGGGGUAAAACCCUGGAUGCCGUGGAAGCUGCCCUGGCCCUGGAGAAAAACCUGAAGCAAGCUCUUGCCGGUUUUCAUGCCUUGGGCUCUGCCAAGACAGACUCCCAUAUCUGUGAGUUCCUGGAGAACCACUUCCUGCACGACGAGGUGAAGCUCACCAAGAAGAUGGGUGACCGCCUCAGCAACCUCCGCAGGCUGGCGGGCCCCCAGGCUGGGCUGGGCGAGCACGUCUUUGAAAGGCUCACCCUUAAGCACGACUGGGAGGCUAGCAGCCCGGCAGACUCUGAGGGGCUCCUGCAUCACCUGGCAUCAGGGCUUCGGCCUAACCCUCUCCCCCUCCAGCCACUAGGCAGCUCUUUCACCUCUCUGGAGCCCCCUCCCAAACCUUGGACCAAAGGAAAAUAAAGCCUUUUGCAGAAGAAAAAAAAAGAACAAACCAAACACAUACUCCUUCCUGGGAAACUCACAACACUGAUCCCAGCAAGACUUCAGAUCCAUAAAAUCUUCAGGUUUAUUGACCACCUGAUAUAACAGUGGAAGAUAAGCUGCUAAACCAAAUCGUCUUUUACACGUGCAGUUUAAAAAGUUAUUUUCAACAAGUUUACCCAGGCACAUACUCAUAGAAAAAAAAAUCUUAAACAUCACCUAGCUCACUUAGUCGUAAAUCCUGAUUCACUCACCAACAUUUCUACCAAGAGUCAAUAAUAUGAUCUAUACUUUCACAUCUGAGAAAAGGAAUUCAUUAUCUCCAAAUCAAGCUGAUUUUAUUUUUGUAUUUUCUCACCACUAGAAAGUUUUCCCCUUGUUGGGUGAAAAUUCUUUCAGUCCAUGCCUCCCACCCCCUGGUCUGAAGAAGAAAUCAACAGAUCUGAUCUCACUUCCUCAUGAAGGAAGCCUUCUGAAUGAAGUCAGCUGUUACGCACGUCCUGCUUACCCAUCUUCACUACAUGGUUUUAAAUUCCUUCCACAAGGACCACAACGAAGGUGAGGGGGGUUUAGAACCCAAGGCCUCCAUCUCAACAUUCAACAUUAGAAAUAGUGCACAUCUAACAAGAAGGAAUAUAAAAUGAUUAUCCUCUUGACUUAGUUCUUGAAACUUUAGCAGGCUUGUUCUUCUAUGGGUGCACUGCCAUAAAUGUCCAGGAAAGCUUGUAACUGUUUUACAGCUCAGAAAAGGAAGGGAGGGGGAAAAGACGAAGAUAGUAAAAGACUCUAAAACACAAGAAGCUAUUCUCAUCUUCAACUUGGGGGCACAGGUAAAGCUACAUUGUAUCAGCUAUCAAGUCCCCUUUCUUGUUGGAAAGUUUACUUUAUGGCAAGGUUAUAAUAGUGACUUUACAAAAAACACCAAAAAAACUAUUUUACUGUUGAAAAAAACAUGGAUCAAUAUUCCCAAUUUACUCAUGCUAGUUAAAAUAUCAAAUUAAAAAACACUUUGAGACCAGCUGUGGUGGCACAUGCUAUAAUCCCAGGCCUCAAGAGGCUGAGGCAGGAGGAUCUCUGUGAGUUUAAGGCCAGCCUGGGCUAUUAAUGAGUGAGAUACUGACUCCAAAAAAACCUAUUUGCAAACCAAAAUAAUUUACUGAUAAGAGGUGUUGUUUUCUAAUUUUUUUUCUUUUUUUGGUCUUUUUGA